GCUCGGCUGCUGGGGAGGAGGAAAGCCCUGGCUGUGAUGCCGCUGGACGAUGGCUGCUUUCGGGAUCUUAAGUUACGAACACCGGCCAUUAAAGCGGCCCCGGCUCGGCCCUCCGGACGUUUAUCCACAAGAUCCAAAGCAGAAAGAGGAUGAAUUGACUGCACUGAAUGUUAAGCAAGGGUUCAAUAAUCAACCAGCUGUGUCUGGGGAUGAACAUGGCAGUGCCAAAAAUGUCAAUUUCAACUCAUCUAAGAUCAGUUCAAAUUUCAGCAGUAUCAUUGCAGAGAAGCUGCGUUACAAUACAUUCCCAGAUACCGGGAAGCGUAAGCCACAGGUCAACCAGAAGGAUAACUUCUGGUUGGUCACAGCCAGGUCACAGAGCUCCAUCAAUAAUUGGUUCACGGAUUUAGCUGGGACUAAACCCCUGACACAACUGGCAAAGAAGGUUCCAAUUUUUAGCAAAAAAGAAGAGGUGUUUGGAUACUUGGCCAAGUACUCAGUGCCCGUUAUGCGGUCAGCGUGGAUGAUCAAGAUGACCUGUGCUUAUCAUGCAGCCAUCACUGAAACUAAAGUCAAGAAGAGGCAUGUCAUUGAUCCCUGUAUAGAAUGGACCCAGAUUAUUACCAAGUACCUAUGGGAGCAGCUUCAGAAGGUGGCCGAGUUCUACAGGCAGUAUCCCAGUCAAGGCUGCAGCUCACCCCUGCCAGCCACCCCUUCAGAUGUGGAAACGGCCAUGAAGCAGUGGGAAUACAAUGAGAAACUCGCCAUGUUCAUGUUUCAGGACGGUAUGCUAGACAGGCAUGAGUUCCUUACAUGGGUGCUGGAGUGCUUUGAGAAGGUCCGACCUGGUGAAGAUGAGCUUCUCAGACUCCUCCUGCCCCUUUUACUGCAGUACUCAGGGGAAUUUGUACUGUCGGCUUACUUGUCACGGAGACUGGCUUACUUCUGCACACGUCGCCUCAACCUGUUGCUAAGCGACGGGAGCCUGGGCCCCGGCACAGGAGGACAUCCAGCCCAUGGCAUCUUGACACAGCAGGGAAACGCCCUGCCCCCCACUCCAACCUCCCAGCCAGCAGGAGGAAACCAGCCCCAGACGCCUUUCACAGACUUUUACAUCUGUCCCCAGCACAGGCCUCUGGUGUUUGGCCUCAGCUGCAUGCUACAGAGCAUAGUGUUGUGUUGUCCCAGUGCUCUGGUGUGGCAUUACUCUCUAACAGACAGCCGAAAUAAGACCGGCUCCCCACUGGACCUUCUGCCCAUCGCCCCUUCCAGCUUACCAAUGCCAGGGGGCAAUACUGCAUUCACACAGCAGGUCCGUGCAAAGCUGAGAGAAAUCGAGGAGCAAAUUAAGGAGAGAGGGCAGGCAGUGGAGUUCAGGUGGUCAUUUGAUAAAUGCCAAGAGACUACAGCAGGGUUCACCAUUGGGAGGGUUCUCCACACCCUGGAGGUUUUAGACAACCACAGCUUUGAGAAGUCUGACUUUAGCAACUCAUUGGACUCCCUUUAUAAUCGUAUAUUUGGCUCUGGACAGAGUAAAGAUGGCCACGAGAUGUCACCAGAUGACGAUGCUGUGGUGACCUUGCUCUGUGAAUGGGCAGUGUGCUGUAAGCGUUCAGGCAGACACAGGGCCAUGGUGGUGGCCAAGCUGCUGGAAAAAAGACAAGCUGAAAUAGAGGCAGAGAGGUGUGGUGAGUCGGAGGUGGUGGAUGAGAAGGGUUCUGUGUCAUCAGGCUCCCUCUCUGCUGCCACACUGCCGGUCUUUCAAGAUGUACUGCUUCAGUUUUUAGAUACUCAGGCCCCCACCCUGACGGAGCCUGGGAAUGAAAGUGAAAGAGUGGAGUUCUCCAAUCUGGUUCUGCUCUUCUGCGAGCUCAUCCGUCACGAUGUGUUUUCCCACAACAUCUACAUGUGUACGCUAAUUUCCCGCGGCGACCUGGCUUCUGACUCCCACCUGCCGCGUCCGCGUUCCCCCAGUGACGAGCCCUCGGAUGAAUCAGAGCGCAAGGAGCAGGACACAGGCAGCAGUGUCAAGAUGGAGGAUACUGGUUUGUCAGAGUCCAUGGAGAUUGACCACAACUCCAGUGCUAAUUUUGAUGAGGUACAUUUUCUUUUUGCAUUCCAUUAUUCUGGUAUAAAUAUUUUCCAUAUGAUGCUCAGACUCCUUUUGCCUCAUUUUUCCAUGCAGAUGUUCUCUCCUCCUAUGCACUGUGAGUCUAAGGGCAGCCCAUCUCCUGAAAAGCCUGCUCCAGAGCAGGACAGCAAGGCCACCUGUAAGGAAAAGGGCAUGGACCCUGCCUUCCCACAGCUGUAUGAACAACCCCGCCACAUUCAGUAUGCCACUCACUUCCCUAUUCCUCAGGAGGAAAGUGCGAGCCAUGAGUGCAACCAGCGGUUAGUGGUCCUCUAUGGCGUUGGCAAACUGAGAGAUGAGGCGCGACACACCAUCAAGAAAAUUACCAAAGACAUCUUGAAGGUGCUCAACCGCAAAAGCACAGCAGAAACAGGAGGUGAGGAAGGACAGAAGAGGAAGAGGAGUAAGCCUGAGGCCUUUCCCACUGCAGAAGAUAUCUUCUCCAAAUUCCAGCACCUCUCCCAUUUUGACCAGCACCAGGUCACCUCCCAGGUGUCCAGAAAUGUGCUGGAACAAAUCACCAGCUUUGCCUUAGGGAUGUCUUAUCACCUGCCUCUUGUCCAGCACAUUCAGUUCAUCUUUGACCUCAUGGAAUACUCCCUCAACAUUAGUGGCCUCAUAGACUUUGCUAUUCAGCUUCUGAAUGAGCUGAGUCUGGUGGAAGCUGAGCUGCUGCUGAAGUCAUCCAGUCUGGUCGGCAGCUACACCACCAGCCUGUGUCUGUGUAUCGUAGCUGUACUGAGGAGGUACCACUCCUGCCUCAUUCUCAAUCCUGAGCAGACGGCACAAGUUUUUGAUGGGCUGCGCAUUGUGGUAAAAUCAGGAGUAAACCCAGCGGACUGUUCCUCGGCUGAGCGCUGUAUCUUAGCCUACCUGUAUGACCUCUACACGUCCUGCAGUCACCUCAAAAGCAAGUUUGGCGAGAUCUUCAGUGAAUUCUGCUCCAAAGUGAAGAACUCCAUCUACUGCAAUAUUGACCCAUCAGACUCCAACAUGCUCUGGGACCCUGUGUUCAUGAUGGAGGCCAUCGCUAACCCCUCAGCUCACAACUUCAACCACUCCAUGGUGGGCAAGAUCCUCAACGACAGCCCAGCCAACCGCUACAGCUUCGUCUGUAAUGUUCUCAUGGAUGUAUGUGUGGACCACAGAGACCCUGAGAGGGUGAAUGAUAUCGGGAUUCUAUGUGCGGAGCUGACGGCGUAUUGCCGCUCUCUAAGCGCUGAGUGGCUUGGCAUCCUUAAAGCUCUCUGCUGCUCAUCCAACAAUGGGAACUGUGGAUUCAAUGAUUUGCUCUGUAAUGUAGAUGUUAGCGAUUUGUCCUUCCAUGAUUCUCUGGCAACCUUCGUAGCCAUUCUAAUAGCUAGACAGUGCCUACUCCUUGAAGACCUGGUUCGCUGUGUGGCCAUUCCUUCCCUCCUCAAUGCAGCUUGCAGUGAACAAGACUCUGAGCCUGGAGCCAGACUCACCUGCAGGAUCCUCUUGCACCUUUUCAAGACUCCUCAGCGCAAUCCUGUCCCCCAAGAUGGUGUGAAGUCAGAUAAGUCCUCUGUCGGUAUCCGGUCAUCUUGUGAUCGCCACCUUCUUGCUGCUUCUCAGAACAGCAUAGUGGUCGGAGCAGUAUUUGCUGUCCUCAAAGCUGUGUUUAUGCUUGGUGAUGCUGAGCUAAGGGGUUCAGGACUCUCCCACCCCGCUGGCCUCGACGACAUAUCUGAAGGCCGUAAUGUUUCUAUAGAAACUGCAAGCUUGGAUGUGUAUGCAAAGUAUGUUCUGAAGACCAUCUGUCAGCAGGAAUGGGUAGGAGAGCGCUGCCUUAAGUCUCUUUCUGAGGACAGCAGUGCCCUCCAGGAUCCAGUGCUUGUAAACAUUCAAGCCCAGCGGCUACUGCAGCUCAUUUGCUAUCCUCACCGCCAGCUGGACAGUGAUGACGGGGACAACCCUCAGAGGCAGCGCAUCAAACGCAUCCUCCAGAACAUGGACCAGUGGACGAUGAGGCAGUCAUCUCUUGAGCUGCAGCUGAUGAUCAAGCAGAGCACCAACAAUGAACUGUAUUCUCUAUUGGAGAAUAUAGCCAAGGCCACCAUAGAGGUGUUUCAAAAAUCUGCUGAAAUGAACUCUAGUAACCCCUCAGGGAAUGGGGCAACAGUCCAAGGCGGCUCCGCAUCCAACAACAAUAGCACCACAAGCAAGAUGAAACCGAUUUUAAGCUCAUCGGAGCGUUCAGGUGUGUGGCUGGUGGCUCCAUUGAUAGCAAAACUGCCCACCACAGUUCAGGGCCAUGUCCUGAAGGCAGCAGGGGAAGAGCUGGAGAAAGGACAGCACCUGGGCUCCUCCUCACGCAAGGAGAGGGACAGACAGAAACAGAAAAGUAUGUCUCUGUUGAGUCAGCAGCCGUUCCUGUCCUUGGUGUUGACCUGCUUGAAGGGACAAGAUGAACAGAGGGAAGGCCUUCUCACUUCCCUUUACAGCCAAGUCCAGCAGAUUGUCACCAACUGGAGAGAAGAUCAGUAUCAAGACGACUGCAAGGCAAAGCAGAUGAUGCAUGAGGCUCUUAAACUUCGCCUUAAUCUCGUGGGUGGCAUGUUUGAUACGGUGCAGCGCAGCACCCAGCAGACGACUGAGUGGGCAGUGUUACUCCUCGACAUCAUCAGCAGCGGCACAGUGGACAUGCAGUCUAAUAAUGAGCUCUUUACAACAGUGUUGGACAUGUUGAGUGUGCUGAUUAACGGCACACUAGCUGCUGACAUGUCCAGUAUCUCUCAGGGCAGCAUGGAGGAGAAUAAGAGGGCCUAUAUGAACCUGGUCAAAAAGCUCAGGAAAGAGCUGGGUGAUCGGCAGUCAGAAAGUUUGGAAAAGGUUCGCCAGCUUCUGCCACUGCCCAAGCAAACCCGUGAUGUCAUAACCUGUGAACCUCAGGGCUCGCUAAUAGACACCAAGGGCAACAAGAUUGCUGGUUUUGAGAAGGAAGGCCUUCAAGUGUCGACCAAACAGAAGAUUUCUCCUUGGGAUGUCUUUGAGGGUCUAAAACACUCUGCCCCCCUGUCCUGGGGUUGGUUUGGUACUGUGCGUGUGGACCGUAAGGUUACUAAAUUUGAGGAGCAGCAGCGCUUUCUGCUUUACCACACCCACCUAAAGCCCAAACCUCGGAGCUAUUACCUGGAGCCGCUCCCCCUCCCCCCUGAAGAGGAGGAGCCCCUGACUCCUGUCUCACAGGAACCAGAGAAGAAGAUGAUGGAAGCGGUGAAGCCCGAGAAAAAUGUGUCGACUGUUCCGUCUGAUUCUAAUAAGAAGAAAUCCAGCAAGAAGAAGAAAACUCCUGCUAACAAGCCUGAGGACUAUGUGAACCGUACGCCUAGUGGUGUUACCUAUGGGACAAAUAUGUCUGCUGACCUGAUGCAGAACCAUCCUUAUGGCAGACUACCGUACAGCCAGCAGACCAUGGGCAUGUACACACAGAACCAGCCUCUACCUCCGGGAGGUCCUGGUUUAGAUCCUCCAUAUAGACCUGCCCGGAACCCACCAAUGAACAAAAUGAUGCCUACGCGGCCCAGUUAUCCAGGCAUGAUGCCUGGCAUGCAAGGAAAUAUGCCGGGCAUGAUGGGACUAGAUAAACAGUAUCCAAUGGGUUAUAAACCCCAGCCCAGCAUGCCUCAGAUGCUGCGGCACCAGCUGCAGGUUAGGCUACAGAAUCAGGGCACGAUAGGGCAACAGAUUAGACAGAUAACCCCCAACCAACCAUACACUUCAAUGCAGGCUAAUCAGAACAUAUCUCAGGGCUAUACCACAUACGGAACACACAUGGGGAUGCAGCAGCAUCCAUCACAAGGUGGUGGUAUAGUUCCUUCUUCCUAUGGGAACCAAAACUUCCAGGGCUCACAUCCUGGAGCCAACCCAGGUGUGGUGGAUCCUCUUAGGCAAAUGCAGCAGAGGCCCAGUGGUUAUGUUCACCAGCAGGCACCAGGCUACUCACACAGUAUGCCGAGGUUUGCCCACCAGCCCAUACAGCAGAAUCCCAUCAUCCAUGGUCUCGGACACAUGGGAGGUCAGGGUGUCCAUCCAGGCCUCAGGCCCAAUCAGAUGCUAGCGGAACAGCAGCAGCAGCAACAGCAGCAGCAGCAACAAGCAGCACAGCAACAGCAACAGUACAUCCGACAACAAGCACUCAGACAGCAGCAGGCCCAACAAGUCCAACAGCAGCAACAACAACAGCAGCAGCAGCAGCAACAACAGCAGCAGGUCCAGCCUCAGCAGGUUCCUCCUCAGCAGCAGGUUCCACAGCAGCAGCAGCAGGUGUCAGCAGUGCCCCCACCAGGCCAGGGACAGAACCAGGGCCUGGGCAUGCAACCACUGCCCCCCCAGCAGCCCAUGUUCCCACGACAGGGUAUGCAACAGACUCAACAGCAGCAGCAGACUGCAGCUCUGGUCAGACAGCUGCAACAGCAACUUUCAAAUACACAACCAGGACAAAGCACCAAUUCUUAUUACUGAUCGUGCUUGUUAAAGUAGUGUGCAGAGAAUAGGCCUUCAUUAUGUGAGGAGGCCCCAGUCUGUAGAUCGGUGGGUGAUUGUGUCCAGUCCUGUACAGGCUGAUGGAGGUACAACGGACCACCCGUUGGAACAACCAAAUCCCAUUUUGACCACUGAGGCAAUGAUCACAAACUAUCUGGACUUCAGUUGUGUAAUAGUGGAUUUUCAGAAGGAGAGAUCCUGCUGUGAAGUAAACAGAUAAUGGCUAAUAAUGGAAAGUCUAUGUAAAAAAAGUACCAGAAAUUAUAAGAAUAAUGCAAUUUUUUAUUUUAUUUCAAUUUGUACAAUUUUUUCAGUUUCGUGUAUUUCUCAUUAAAAAAUCAUGUCAGUUUUUA